ACAGCCUAAGCAUUACGAAACUUCUAUUAGAUCAAAUAAGCCUCACGUAUCAAAAUAGAAAUGCAUUUUUCUAUAUUGACUAAAUUCGACACUAAAUGUCUCCCAUACAAAAACUCUUCACUUGCUUAAUAAUUAAUUAUUUGCUGAACGUGGAGAGAUUUUGGGCGGAGUAAACCUUCUCGUUUUGCCUCUUCCUCUCCGAUUUGGCUCAAAUAAGAAGAGGCGUGAACGUCGGGUGGCUUUGCUGUUGAACAGGUCAUGUCGGUAAAGAUGGAAAUGGAUGUCAGUGGCGUGUCCAGGACACCCAUCUCUGUUCUACCUGCUGCUGCAGAGGUCAAAGCCAUGCUGAAACCCGAUACAGGGGACAGGCCCCGCUGUGCCAGCACCCCCUGCUCCCCCAUCAAAAGUACUGUUUCAGGCUUCCAGAUUCUCCACAUGGACUCCAACUACCUAGUCGGCUUCACCACUGGCGAGGAGCUGCUAAAACUAGCACACAAGUGGUCUCCCAACCCAGAGAAGACCCUUAUCACCACACCGACCACCACAACGUCAACAGCAUCAGAGGCCUUGCCCAGUUCUGUCCCCAAACCCAUGGACCUGGGCAUCCACCGGGCGUCGCGCAUAUACAAAGCCAAAAACCGCUACUACCAGCCAUACGACAUCCCCGUGGUCAACGGGCGCCGGCGUAGGCGCAUGCCCAGCUCAGGUGACCCCUACCUCAGGCCCCUGUCCCAAGGGGAGGGUGGCCCAGGAAGGGCCCUGCACCACGGCCCCCUGCCCCUCUGCCUUCUCAAGGGGAAGAGGGCCCAGUCCAAGUCCCUGGACUACCUCAACCUGGACAAAAUGAGUGUCAAGGAGCCUCCGGCCGACACAGAGGUGCUGCAGUUCCAGCUCCAGCACCUGACGCUGCGGAGCGAGCGCAUGUUCACCAGGAACAAGACAUGAAGCAACACCAGAGUCACCACCCGCCUGUUCUCUCAUCCACUCCCAUGGGAUUUGGGUGCUAUUUCCGGCUGUGCGUUUCUCUCCCUACUCAGAUCAUAGGAUAGUCCUUUAAGGGGACACUUGCGGAGACCACUAAUCUUGUUAUUAUUAUGAAGCGAGGGUGACAAACUAAGCAGGUCUCUUGAUGAAAUGAGACGCAUGCUUACGUAUACGUAAAAAUCCAGUGAACACAAAUUGUUAAGUUAGUACACUGAAAACGGGGGUCGUUUAGAUACAAAAAUGUGAAGUUCGUCAGGAUUAGCAAUAACUGGUAAACGUAUUUAUUGACUGUGUGUGUGUGUAUGUGUGUGCGCGCGCACCUUUUUAAAAAUGGUAAGGGAUGUGUAACCAAUGCCUCUCCAACUGGCCCCUUUUUUUCUGCAUUGGACUGCACUGUUAGACAUAUGUUUUUACAGACCUUGCAUCCUCAACUACAACACACCUUUACUUUUUAACCACUAUACAUCCAUAGCAAUUAGCAUUAGCCGCAACAGUACUGCACUCUACAUCCAUAGCAAUUAGCAUUAGCCCCAGCAGCACUGCACUCUACAUCCAUAGCAAUUAGCAUUAGCCCCAGCAGCACUGCACUCUACAUCCAUAGCAAUUAGCAUUAGCCCCAGCAGUACUGCACUAUACAUCCAUAGCAAUUAGCAUUAGCCUCAACAGUACUGCACUUUACAUCCAUACCAAUUAGCAUUAGCCCCAGCAGUACUGCACUCUACAUCCAUACCAAUUAGCAUAAGUCCCAGCAGUACUGCGCUAUACGUCCAUAGCAAUUAGCAUUAGCCAAAACAGUACUGCGCUAUACAUCCAUAGCAAUUAGCAUUAGCCCCAGCAGUACUGUAUGUAAGCUACUGUAUGUCUGUAUGUGUGUGGAUGUAUAGGGGCGGCAGGUAGCCUAGUGGUUAGAGUGUUAGACCAGUAAUCCGAAAGGUUGCUAGAUCAAAUCCCCGAGCUGACAAGGUAA